AUGGUUCACUGGUGUCUGCAGCAAAGGGCCAGAGCACAGUUUGCCAUCAGCCUUUACUACCUGGCCAUGGUUGGUCACGGUCUCUCCAUAGUGUCCCUCAUCAUCUGCCUCAUUAUUUUCUCCUACUUCAAGAGUCUGAGCUGCCAAAGGAUCUCCCUCCAUAAGAACAUGUUUAUGUCCUUUAUCCUCAACUCCAUAGUGACCAUCAUGUGGCUGUCACUCACUGUGGCCAAUAACCAAGCUAUAACUGCCAGCAACCCAGUGAGCUGUAAGGUCCUGGCUGUCCUGACCCAGUACACUUCCACCUCUAACUACUUCUGGAUGUUGUGUGAGGGCAUCUACCUGCACACACUCAUCAUCGUGGCUGUGUUCGUGGGAGAACAGCAGCUCUUCUGGUACUACGUUCUGGGAUGGGGUUUUCCAGUGGUGCCAGCCAUUGUCUACGCUGUGGCACGAGGGAUGCUCUACAACGACAAAUGUUGGAUCAGCUCCCACACACAACUGCUCUACAUCAUCCAUGGACCCAUUCAGGCUGCUCUGCUGGUGAACUUAUUCUUCCUCCUGAACAUCGUGAGGGUCCUGAUCACUAAACUCAAGGAGACGCACUGCGCUGAGUCCACUGCGUACAUGAAGGCGGUCAGAGCCACCCUCAUCCUCAUCCCGCUGCUGGGGGUGCAGUUCAUCCUGUUUCCAUGGAGACCGGAGGGACGCAUCAGCCGGGCCAUCUACGACUUCUUUGUCAACAUCUUCAGUCACUUCCAGGGACUUCUAGUUGCUGUUAUCUUUUGUUUCUGCAACGGAGAGGCCCAGACAGCUGUUCGGAGGAAGUGGGCCCAGUGGAGGAGUGCGUGGGGUAAAACAGGCUGGGGAGUCACACCCAUGACCAACAAUUACCACACCAACUCGUCUAUCACUGAGUCAAGCCGAGGCACCCUCAGCCUGGAACACCCCGAUCACUUCCCCCCGCUGUCUCUGGUGCACCGCAGAUCUACCAUCGAGCACGAGAACAAGGGCAGCCCGACCCACAGCAACGGAGACGUCUGCAACAAGCUGCAGACCACCACCAUAUGA